GUUCACCAUCCUUUUGAACAGUAACACAAAACCAUGGAAGAGGAACAACAACACCGUUGUUUUCCCUUUCCCCCCAAACUCCCUUCGUCUUCAUAUAUACUUGUUUAUAGACCCAAGCCGUAGUUACCUGAACACAACAGAACCAAAUCAGCGGCAGUUUAUCGCAUUUCUUGAUGAUGAUUAUUUCCAGGUUUCUAAGAAGAGGAAUCUCAACAGCUUCCACCUGCGCCACUCGACGCUCAUGGUGGGAUCAUGUCACUCCAGCGCCCAAGGACCCCAUCAUUGCAGUCACCGAGGCCUUUCUAGCUGACCCUUUUCCUUACAAGAUAAAUCUUGGAGUGGGAGCUUACAGGGAUGAUGAAGGGAAACCUGUUGUGCUUCAAUGCGUUAGAGAAGCAGAAGGCAAGAUUGCGGCUUCCAAUUUCUUGGAGUCAACGUCUACCGCAGUUAGCUCGAAAUUUGUUGAGGAGAGUGCAAAAUUGAUUUAUGGACAGGAUUCGAAUGUUAUAAAGGAAAGGAGGUUCGCCGGAAUUCCGGCUCUAUCUGGAACCGGUGCUUGUCGUCUCUUUGCCGAGUUUCAGAAACGAUUUUAUCCGGAGUCGAGAAUAUAUUUGCCUGAUCCAACUUGGUCCAAUCACCGCAACAUUUGGAGAGAUGUUCAUGUUCCGGAUCGAACCUUUCGCUACUACCAUCCCGAUUCGAAGAGUUUAAACUUCGUGGCACUCAUGGAUGACAUCAAGAAUGCACCAGAUGGUUCUUUCUUCUUACUUCAUCCUUGUGCCCAUAACCCGACUGGGGUCGACCCUACUAAUGAGCAGUGGCGAGAAAUCUCAUCUCUGUUCAAGGCAAAGAAUCAUUUUCCCUUCUUUGACGUGGCUUACCAAGGGUUUGCCAGCGGAGAUGUAGAGAGGGAUGCCAGAGCAAUUAGAAUUUUUCUUGAAGAUGGCCAUUCAAUAGGCUGUGCACAAUCUUUCGCGAAGAACAUGGGUUUGUAUGGACACAGAGUGGGUUGUCUCAGUGUUCUCUGCAACGACAAAAUACAAGCAAUGGCAAUCAAGGGCCAGCUACAGCAGAUUUCUAACACUAUGUAUGGCAGUCCACCGAUUCACGGCAUAUCACUAGCCUCGAAAAUCUUGAGUGAUCCAGACAUUAAGGCCAUUUGGCUCAAAGAGGUCAAGGUCAUGGCAACUCGUAUUCACCGAAUGAGAGCUAUUCUACGGGAAGCUCUCGAGAGAUUAGGGUCUCCCCUCAAUUGGCAACACAUCACCAACCAGGUCGGAAUGUUUUGCUUCUCCGGAUUAAAUCGUGCUGAGGUCUAUCUACUUGCAAAGGAAUUUCAUAUAUACAUGACGCCUGAUGGACGCAUAAGCAUGGCCGGGGUGACCACGAAGAAUGUUGAUUAUCUAGCGAACUCUAUUCAUGAAGUCACCACAUGUGAUCAGGAUGCCAAGAUACUGCAUAACACCGAUGCAUAUAGGAUUAACACUGAUAUUCGUUUCACUUCCCUUGGUGCCAGUAAAUCAAGAGCUAGGGGAAUGAAUUUAAGCCUGUAAUAUCCCUAUUAUUCUUUUCUUAUAGGUUGUACCAUUUAUAUAUGUUGCAGAAA